AUGGAAUUGGAUUACUCAUGCACUCAACUUUCUCGUCAAAAGAAUCAAAAGUUAAAAGAAUUAGAACAGAUAUGCAUCAUCAAACCCUCAUCCCCUCUCCCUCAAGACCCUUUCCCUUCUUCACUCCCCGAUUCCUCUGUAAUUUGGGACCAUUACCCUUGCAAAUCCUUCAAUUGCUUCCACCUCCAAAACCCUAAACUAGGCUUCAACUCUUCCUCCGAUUCGUCCAAGUUCACAACCUACAAGACCGACCUCCAUCUCCUGAUCUCGCAGCUCUUCCAGAUUGCCAAGUCCACAAAGUCAGUCAUCCGACUGGGCCUCGACGUCGGUGGCGGCACCGGGUCAUUCACCGCCACGAUGAAGCUCCGCAACAUGACAGUUGUGACAACGACUAUGAGCGUGGGUGCGCCAUACAGCGAGGCGGAGGCGCUGAGGGGGCUUAUGCCACUUCACAUGCCACUGCAGCAGCAGCUGUCGGUGUUCGAUGGAGUGGUGGACCUUGUGCGGUGUGGUAAUAGUAUGAACCGCUUAAUUCCGGUAACGAUGAUGGAGUUCUUGCUAUUUGAUGUGGAUAGGGUUUUGAGAAGUGGAGGGUACUUGUGGAUUGACAGAUUAUUCAGCAAAGGGGUGGAUCUUGAAAAGCUGUAUGCGCCAUUGAUUGGGAAAUUAGGUUAUAAGAAGGUGAAGUGGUCCACUGGGAAUAAGACGGAUGCUAGUGGCAUGAAGAAUGUUGAGAUUUUUCUCACUGCAUUGUUGCAAAAGCCUACUUCAAGAUUAUCAACUUGAAGCUUGCUUCUUUACUUCUUCACUUACACAACCUAGUAGGAUCUAACUACCUAUCUUCCUACUUAGA